CUCUCUUACAGGUACUAGCAGCUCCAGCCAUUAUUGGUGUCCUAAUGGUGGACUCACCCACCACCUCUUAUGGUUUAUUAUUCAUUGCCUAUGUGACAGCUGAGACAUGGCUUGGGCCAGCAGCUGCUUUAGUUCAAGAUAUCACUCUGCCUGGGAUGAGAGCCCAAGCCUCUGCAGUGUACAUUGGUAUAAUCUCAAUUGUGGCCAGCAUUGGACCAGUGCUGGUUCCCCUGUUUUCUGAUCAUGUCCCAGCCUUUUCUGAUUGUCUUGGUUUGCGUUAUGCUCUCCUCUGCACUGUCCCUACCUUUUACUUCAUCUCUGCUUUGAUCUUUGGCUCGCUUGGUCUAGUAAUGAAGUACUGGGCACAGAAACAUAAGAACAAAUCCGGUAGCUAUGCUAUUUUUACGGACGCCAUUGCUACCAGCAACGAUAAUGGGAAGACCACUUAGCAACUGUUUGCUGUAUGGAUAAUAGCAAUAAUGA